CUCUUUCCACUAUAGUCCUCCCACCCUUUCUACAUUUUCACAAACAUCCCAUUAGUCACAGCCUUGAAGCACUUCCUCCCAGAGAUCAAUACCCUGCACUGACCAUCCUCUGUUUGCCCUCUGGACCCCGGGACAGCCGGCCAAAUCACACCUACGCUCCACACAAACACUGUGGCAGAAAGCCUUCGCCUCAUCCCGCCGCUGACGCCUGGGGAACGCUCGGACCACCCAACGGCUCUGGAGAGUGCACCCUGGGAGGCCUGGGGUGGGUGAAUGCACUGAAAGAUGGCAGUCUUUUGGAAAGCUGUAGCAGGUGGACUGCUGCUCACUGUCAGCCUGCUGGGGGGGCCAGCAGAGGGCCAGGGGAAUGAACGGGGUAAGAAACAAGUGUCAGGCAAUUCCGUCCUCUUCCUGAGUCAGGUCAGAGACCUCUGGAGGCCGUUGGUCCACACAGCAGUCAACCUCUCAGAAAUCAACAGCAUCAAGUCGUCCUUCCAGUUUCGGACAUAUGACCCCGAAGGUCUGAUUUUCUAUGGAGACACUAAAAACGGAGAGGACUGGUUCGUCCUGUCCCUGAUGAACGGCAUCCCCCUGAUGCAGAUCAGCAAAGAAGGCAUGCUGGUCAGCGUGGAGGGCGGGAUGAAGCUGAACGACGGGAAGUGGCACACGCUGGAAGUUAGCAACCAGGAGAAGUUUGUCAUUCUGGAGGUCGAUGGCUCAACCGGACUAAAGGUGGGGAUGCAGUCCCAGCAGACGGAGGAGGUCAUGUCAGGAGGACUUCGACUGGCCCUCGGUGGGAUCCUGAUCGAGAAGGAAAAGAUGAUCGUUCAGUUUAAGCCACAGAUGGACGCUUGUGUGCGGCACGGCAACUGGCUGAACAUCAGUGUCCCAUGGGAGGCGGAGGUGGAGGAGCUAUGGCCUUGCUAUGAAAAUAUUCGACCCGGCAGCUACUUCCCGGGCACAGGAUUCGCAGUUUUUAACACUUCAGUUUUUCAAACAGAUGAAGAUGGAGAGCUCAGAGUUGAGCUUUGGGCGGAUUUCCGUCAGAUGAAUGGAACCAUUCUGAGCAUAAAGCCUUCACAAAAAGAACUGGAGUUUAAGGUGGAAGCCAAUAAAAACACUGAGGAGGUCACAGUCAGUUUCAGGGAGCAGAAAGUUAUUUUGAAAAGCACUUUCAAGAAACUGCUAAUUAUGUUUGCGAGAGCUGAACUGAGAGUGGUUCAAGAUGGAGACGAAUCACAAAGCACAGCGUUAUCCGUCGACCCAGUGUUGACAACUUGGAGAGAUGGUCUUCUUGGGAUUGGUGGUCUGUUAGGUGAGGCUGAGGAUGGCUCCCACUUCUUGACAGGCUGUCUGGAAAAGAUCCAAGUCCAGGACAGGGAUUUGGAUCUGGAUUUAGCCGUCAAGCACACGUCCAUCUCCUCUCACAGCUGCCCCGCAUAAAACAACAAAAGCAUGCGCCGCAUGUCAGCACCAGCUGAUGCCUUUAUUCCUCUGCAAAUGUCUAAGCAGAAUGAUGGACCCGCUUUUGGACUGAAUAAAUAAAUCAGUAUAAGUCCAGACGCACAAAAUAAAAAUGAAGACAUGAAAGCCUGUCUGACAACUUUAUAAAGUAGUAACGAAAAGAUGUGAAUAAACAGAUGGAGAGGGGA